AUGGAGCCGGCUCCUCUCCUCCUCGUCCUUGGCUUGCUGUGGGGCUGCAGCGGUCGACCUGCUAACAAGCUGGUGGUGAUGCCACGGGAGCCGGUGGUGGCGUACGGGGGCUCGGCACAGCUGAACUGCUCCCUAGCUUGUGCAGGGGGCACGGUGCAGUGGAAGGGGCUGGACACCAACCUGGGGACCAUCACCUCCUUCCCCACCCACAGCAUCCUGCACGUCAGCAGCGCCGUUGUUGCCACGGAGGGCACCAAGAUCUGCCAGGGGACCUGCCAUGGGCAGCGCUACCAGCACACUGUCGACCUGAAGGUCUAUGCCCUCCCGGACAAGCUGCAGCUGGAAGCAGACCCCCGUGCCCUGGAGCUGGGGCAGCCUGCCAGCCUGCGCUGCUUGGCAAGGCAGGUGUACCCACUCGUGGGGCUGGUCCUCACCUGGUACCGAGGGGACCAGGCGCUGGGGGAGGCAGACUUUGAUGUCAUGGAGACCGACGAGGAGCUGUUUGACAUCGUGUCCACGCUGCUGGUGGCCGGGAAAGAGGUGGGAGAAGGGGUAGAGUUCAGGUGCGAGGUGACGCUGAGCAUCGGGCAGGAGACCUUCACUCGGGUGGCAUCUGUGGCAGCGAGCGCUGGGGCGACCCCCAGCACAACCGAGCCUGUGACCACCAAAGUGCUGCCCCCAGAGCCGAGUGUCCCCACGCAGGAUCCAACAGCUCUGACCACCACACCAUGGGAGCCUGACGCUGAGACCAUCCUGAAGCCAGCUACUGCCACCAAGCCCUCCUCCACAGAGCACCCUUCUCCCCGGGACCUUGUCACAGGCAGUCCCAUGACACGUCCGGCCACCACCACGCUCCCUGGGUCCAGCACUGCAAACCCCCAGGCUGAGGCGCAGGGGACGGCUGUGGACAGCAUCAGGUGGGGCUCUCCCCUGGCAGCGAAGGAGACAGAGCCAGCUGUGGGGACAGUGCCUGCCUGCAGCCUGCGGAUCUGGUCACUGCCUCCCAACGGGACACGAGGCAGGGCCCUGCGCAUCAAGUGCCGUGCGCUGUGUACCGGCAAUGCCACUGUUGGCUGGCUGCGGACCCCCGUGGCCCUCUCGCAGUAUCAGGAGGAGGCAGCGGGCAGCAGCUCCACGCUGCAUCUGGACCAUGCUGAGCCCCAGCACCAGGGCCACUACCAGUGCACCCUGCUCGGCCAUCGCUCCCAGGUGGUCAGUCUGCAGCUGAUGGUCUUGGAUGAUUCAUUCAGCGCGGGCUCUGCCAUCACUGUGGGGACAACGGUCUCGUUGUUGGGACUGAUUGUGACUGGCGUCACGUCUCAUCGCCUGUGGAAACGAUUCAGAUCUCGGUACGAGCUGCCCUAG